AUGCCAGAUGAUGCUGCCACCUUCCGCAUGCUCAUAUCACAAUUCACGGACUUCCUGACAGUGGCGAUACACACAGUUCUGUACGAACGAAACAUAUACCCACAAACCUCGUUCCUCUCGGCUCGAAAGUACAACUUUGCCGUACGACAGAGCAGGCACCCGAAGGUCUGCGAAUGGAUCAAUGAUGCUGUUGCCGCGGUUGAAACCGAGCUGCUCAAAGGCAACGUCGAACGUGUGGCGGUCGUGGUAUACAAUAAAGGCCUCAAGCCUACGGAACGGUUCUUGUUCGACGUCUCUCGAUUUCCGCCUGUCAGUUUUACAGACGUCGACACACCAUUGGAACGGAAGGACUCUGGUGGCAAGAUCGUACCCAUUCUACCCCUCAUAGACAUAGAGGAACAAUUUCGAGCCACGAUGAGCAAACUCGCCAACUGUGGUACUGUACUGAAGCCGGCACCGGUGGGCGGGACUUUUACCGUUGCCAUCGAGCUCAAAGGUGAUGGGCAGGCACCGAUUAGUCAUCCUCAGCCGUGGAUGCCUGUAGAGCCAAUAUUGGACAAAGACACGGCCAACAUGUCACAGAAGCGGGCCCAUCCUAUUCGUGCGGUAGCGGCGGGUGAUCUGAUCUUUGAGAGCUGGAUUGAGGAGGCGCGAGAGGCUGAUUGA